AAUUACUUCCCAGGGCUCCAGUGACGACUGAGAGAGGGGGCAACACUUCUGAUCGGAGGCUCAGCAGCGCAGGGUAGCCUUUUCAGAGGAGCGAGAAGAGGAGUGGAGAGGACGAGUGCGCGAGAGAGGGUGUCCCAUCCGUCACACUAGCUGGAUGAAUCCACACUCCAAAACGUAUGGCUGCUUGAGAAAAUAACGCUAUUUCCCCCUUCUCUCUUUCUCUGGGACCUUUGGCUACCAGUUCUCUCCUAAUCAGAAGUUGUCACAAGUAUUUUUUCAGUUGCUCUUAAAAAGUUAACCCACUUUUGUCGUGGACGUUACUGGCGACCAUGGAUACACAUAUAAGAUGGAAAGUAAAACGGAGGAUAAAGGACUCGCAAAUCACUUUAGCGAUACUUCUACUUUUUGUCACAUCACAAGCCAGUUCAGUGGAGCCAGCGGACCUCUUGAAGAUUUUAGAUUUCCCCAGUUUACCUGAAGGCGUUACGAAAACCACAGGUUUCUGUGCGCAUAGAAAGUCAACAAAAGGAGCCGAUGUAGCCUACAGAGUAUCCAAAGAAGCCCAGCUCAGCGCCCCCACCAAACAGCUGUACCCUGCUGAUGUGUUUCCAGAGGACUUCUCCAUCCUGGCUACAGUGAAGCCUAAGAAGGGCUCCCAGUCCUUCCUGCUGUCUGUGUAUAACGAGCAGGGUAUCCAGCAGCUUGGGGUGGAGGUGGGACGCUCUCCUGUCUUCCUGUAUGAGGACCACAUGGGUAAACCCAGCCCUGAGGACUACCCCCUCUUCAGAGGUCUCAAUCUGGCCGAUGGAAAGUGGCACAGAGUGGCCAUCAGUGUUCACAAACAGAGCAUCACCAUCAUCCUGGACUGUAAAAAGAAGACCACGCAGAAGCUGUCCAGGAGCCCACACCCCAUCAUCGACACCAAAGGAAUUGUGGUCUUCGGAACUAGAAUACUUGAUGAAGAAGUCUUUGAGGGAGACAUCCAGCAGCUGUUGAUUGUGGCGGACCACCGUGCUGCCUAUGACUACUGUGAACACUACAGCCCCGACUGUGAGGUCCCUGUCCCAGAGCAGCCCCAGGCCCAGGACCCCAACACAGACGAAUAUAACACAGAGGAGGACAGCUAUUACUAUGAGUAUCCUUACUAUGAGGACAUGGAUGGGAAGCCUUCCGAGUCCACCUCCGAGACUGAGACUGACGAACAAGCUGGACCUGCCACGGAAGACGUAAAGGUGUCCGUGCCAGAGAGCGGCCGUGUGGUCACCUCAGUCAAAGAGGUGGUGUCAUCAGUCAGGGAUACAGCCAGUCAGGGAGUCGAGGGAAAAGUGUUGACCGCCGUUUCUACCGGCAGCGCCUCCGCUGGAGCCGCUGCUGCUGCAGCAGGAGCCGGAGCCGCCGGCGAGGAGGCCUACGGGAAAGAGACCAGCCCUUAUGACGGCUAUGAUACGGAUAGUUAUGGGAACUACGAAUCAUACUACGACGAGUCCACGGUCGCGCCCGACGGCACUCGCAGAGUCACCAUCAGCAGCUCGAGCACGGGGACCGGCGCAGGGGUGGAGCUGGACCUGGGGCUGGGGUCAAAGUUUGACCUGGGCACGGGGGCGGAGUUUGAGAAGGUCAUCACCAGUAGUGGAGUCACCAUCACACGCAACAAGACCUCGGCUGGAACAGGCUACGAUGACAACUACGGUGAGGGCUAUGACCUGUCCUAUGGAGAGGGAGAGGGAGAGGAGUACAGCAUCGGUGGCGGUGACCAUGACAGCAGAACCAGCAGCAGCAGCAGUACUGUCGAAAUCGGUACUGGUGGUGGUGGUGGUGGAUCUGUAUCGGUUGGGGGCGGUUCCGCUUCCGUUGGGGGCGGUUCCGUCUCUGUAGGUGGAUCUGUAUCGGUCGGGGGCGGUUCCGCUUCCGUUGGGGGCGGUUCCGUCUCUGUAGGUGGAUCUGCCAGCGCCGGAGGUGGGGCAGCAAGAGCAGGAGCUGGAGCUGGGGAUUCGGUUGCUACGGGAGCCGGGGGCCAGGAUGUGGCUAUUGAGGGAGACUACACUGAUCUGGAGGGUGAUCGGUUCAAAGAGGAGUCCAUCCCUGAGUAUGGGGACGCAGACUAUGGUUAUGGAGACCUGGACUACGGUGGACAGGAGGAGAAGGUGCUGCCAGCCGAGACAGACGAGUACUACGGACAGGUUGAUGGGUCUCGGGGAGAGAAGGGACAGAAGGGAGAACCUGCUAUCAUUGAGCCUGGAAUGCUGGUGGAGGGUCCGCCCGGUCCGGAGGGCCCAACAGGUCUCCCUGGACCCCCAGGUUCCUCCGGCCCCCCAGGCAGCCACGGAGAUGCAGGAGAAAGGGGUCCUAAUGGUCGUGCUGGUCUUCCUGGUGCUGAUGGUCUGCCAGGACCUCCAGGGACUGUCCUGAUGCUGCCUGUAAGUAAAUACUGUAAUACUAUAGUUCUAGAAUACACUCAUCUAAGGGGAAAGGAGGGUGAAGCGGGUGUAAGUGUUGAUGGGUGUUGUAAUUAUCUGUUUUUCCAGGGACGUGCUGGUUCUGAUGGAGCCAGAGGCAUGCCUGGUCAGACCGGAACCAAGGGAGACAGAGGGUUUGAUGGUCUGGCUGGACUUCCUGGUGAGAAGGGACACAGAGGUGAAUCUGGACCCCAUGGACCUCCCGGACCCACAGGAGAGGAUGGAGAGAGAGGAGACGAUGGAGAGAUCGGGCCACGGGGGCUGCCUGGUGACCCAGGACCUCGUGGGUUGCUGGGACCUAAGGGACCUCAGGGACCUCCCGGAUCCCCUGGUGUAACUGGAAUGGAUGGCCACCCUGGACCCAAAGGAAACAUUGGACCACAAGGAGAACCUGGCCCCAAUGGACAGCAAGGGAACCCUGGUGCUCAGGGACUUCCAGGUCCUCAGGGAGCCAUCGGGUCCCCAGGAGAGAAGGGGCCUACCGGAAAACCAGGACUGUCAGGAAUUCCAGGUGCUGACGGACCCCCGGGUCACCCUGGCAAGGAAGGACCCAACGGAGAGAAAGGACAUUUGGGUCCCGCAGGCCCCCAAGGCCCAAUCGGUUAUCCCGGGCCCCGAGGCGUGAAGGGAGCCGACGGUGUACGAGGCCUGAAAGGAGGAAAGGGUGAAAAGGGAGAAGAUGGAUUCCCUGGCUUCAAGGGAGAUAUGGGAAUCAAGGGUGACAGGGGUGAGCUGGGUCCUGCUGGACCCAGAGGAGAGGACGGACCUGAGGGGCCCAAGGGUCGCUCCGGUCUUCCUGGAGAUGCUGGCCCUCUUGGACCCAACGGUGAAAAGGGCAAACUGGGUGUUCCAGGGUUGCCAGGAUAUCCAGGAAGACCAGGACCAAAGGGAUCUCAGGGAUUCCAAGGUUUCCCCGGAGCCAACGGAGAGAAAGGAACAAGGGGACUUGCAGGGAAGGCUGGCCCAAGAGGACAGAGAGGACCAACGGGGCCUCGUGGAGAGAGGGGACCAAGGGGACCAACAGGAAAAGCUGGACCAAAGGGUACCUCAGGAAGUGAUGGCCCCCCAGGACCUCCCGGUGAGAGGGGUCUUCCAGGGCCUCAAGGACCAACAGGAUUCCCCGGACCAAAGGGCCCACCCGGACCUGCUGGGAAAGAUGGUCUGCCCGGACACCCUGGACAGAGAGGAGAGACUGGUUUCCAAGGCAAGACUGGCCCACCUGGACCCCCAGGAGUGGUUGGACCUCAGGGCCCCACAGGUGAGACUGGACCAAUGGGAGAGCGUGGCCAUCCAGGACCCCCAGGCCCACCCGGUGAGCAGGGUCUCCCUGGAUCUGCUGGUAAAGAGGGAGCUAAGGGUGACCCCGGUCCUGCUGGCCCGGCUGGUAAGGAUGGGCCCCCUGGUCUGAGAGGGUUCCCAGGAGAGAGAGGUCUGCCCGGCCCAGUGGGGGCUCACGGCCUGAAAGGUAGUGAAGGCCCCAACGGCCCCCCUGGACCUGCUGGUUCCCCUGGUGAGCGUGGUCCUGCUGGCCCAGCCGGACCCACCGGUCUCCCUGGACGACCAGGACCUCAGGGACCCCCUGGACCCGCUGGAGAGAAGGGUGGACCGGGUGAAAAAGGACCCCAAGGCCCCGCCGGUAGAGAUGGUGUCCAGGGACCUGUUGGUCUGCCUGGCCCAGCUGGACCUCUCGGACCCCCAGGAGAGGAUGGAGACAAGGGAGAGAUUGGAGAGCCAGGUCAGAAGGGAGGCAAAGGAGACAAAGGAGAGCAUGGUCCACCUGGUCCUACUGGUCCCCAAGGCCCGGUUGGAGCGCCUGGUCCUGCUGGAGCUGAUGGAGAGCCCGGUCCCAGAGGUCAGCAGGGUCUGUUUGGCCAGAAGGGAGAUGAAGGAUCCAGAGGGUUCAAUGGACCCCCUGGCCCAGUUGGACUGCAGGGAUUACCAGGUCCAGCCGGCGAGAAAGGAGAAACUGGAGACGUUGGUCAGAUGGGUCCUCCCGGUCCUCCUGGCCCCAGAGGUCCCUCCGGACCCCCAGGAGCUGACGGCCCUCAGGGACCUCCUGGUGGUAUUGGAAACCCUGGAUCUGUUGGAGAGAAGGGUGACUCAGGUGAAAACGGAGAACCUGGUCUUCAGGGAGAACUUGGCGGACCUGGCCCAAGAGGAGAGCGAGGAGAGAAGGGAGAGUCCGGUCCUGCAGGUUCUGCUGGACCCCCCGGCCCUAAAGGUCCCCCUGGAGAUGACGGUCCUAAAGGAAGUCCUGGUCCAAGUGGUUUCCCUGGUGAUCCUGGUCCCCCUGGCGAGAUCGGACAGGCUGGUUUAGACGGUCCUCCUGGUGACAAGGGAGAUGACGGAGAGGCUGGUCAACCUGGUUCUCCUGGACCCACCGGAGAGUCAGGUCCUUCUGGCCCACCAGGAAAGAGAGGCCCCCAUGGUACAAGUGGACCCGAGGGCAGGCAAGGAGAGAAGGGAGCCAAGGGAGAGUCUGGUCUGGAGGGCCCACAGGGAAAGACAGGCCCCGUUGGUCCUCAGGGAGCACCUGGCAAGCAAGGUUCUGAAGGUCUCAGAGGUAUCCCCGGCCCAGUUGGGGAACAAGGUCUUCCAGGUUCCUCAGGCCCCGACGGUCCCCCUGGACCCAUGGGUCCUCCAGGAUUACCAGGUUUGAAGGGAGACUCUGGCAUUAAGGGAGAAAAGGGCCACCCUGGUCUGAUCGGUCUGAUCGGGCCUCCAGGAGAGCAGGGAGAGAAGGGUGACAGAGGUCUGCCAGGCCCCCAGGGGACAUCAGGACCCAAAGGAGACAAUGGUAUUGCUGGCCCCUCAGGUCCUCUUGGUCCUCUGGGACCUCCAGGAUUACCAGGUCCUCCUGGUCCUAAAGGAGCUAAGGGGUCAUCGGGUCAAACUGGUCCCAAGGGAGAGACUGGUGUUCCUGGACAACCUGGGCCUCCUGGUCCUCCUGGAGAUGUCAUCCACCCGCUGCCCAUGCAGUCGAGCCCCAAGCGGAGCCGCAGGAACAUCGAUGCCAGCCAGAUGAUGGACGAUGCCAAUGCAGAUGCCAACUACAAGGACUACGACGAUGGAAUGGAGGAGAUCUUCGGAUCCCUCAACUCCCUCAAGCUGGAGAUCGAGCAGAUGAAGCACCCACUCGGAACACAGGGCAACCCCGCCCGCACCUGCAAGGACCUGCAGCUCUGCCACCCUGACUUCCCCGACGGUGAAUACUGGAUCGACCCCAACCAGGGUUGCUCGAGGGACUCUUUCAAGGUCCACUGCAACUUCACAGCAGGAGGAGAGAGCUGUAUCUACCCUGAUAAGAAGUCUGAAGGGACUAGGCUCACCUCCUGGGUAAAGGAGAUCCCUGGCUCCUGGUUCAGUGAAUUCAAACGUGGUAAACUGCUCUCGUACGUGGACGCUGAGGGCAACCCCAUUGGUGUGGUCCAGAUGACCUUCCUGCGUCUGCUGAGCGCGGCUGCCCGCCAGAACCUCACCUACAACUGCUACCAGUCGGUGGCCUGGCACAACCAGGACGGGGACUCAUACGACAAGGCCAUCCGCUUCCUGGGCUCCAACGACGAGGAGAUGUCCUACGAUAACAACCCCUACAUCAGAGCCGUGGUGGACGGCUGUGCGUUGAAAAAGGGCUAUGAAAAGACAGUACUGGAGAUCAACACACCAAAGGUGGAACAGGUGCCUUUUGUUGACAUAAUGUUCAAUGAUUUCGGCGGGGCUACGCAGAAGUUUGGAUUCGAAGUGGGUCCUGUCUGUUUCAUCGGCUAAGACUGUUUACUGAACAAAAUGGAGAAAAUAAAAAGCAUAUUUAUUUUCUCAGAAACAAAACACAUGAAUAGGACAAUUUGUAUUUGUGUAAAACAUUCUGUGUCCAAAAGCAACAAGUAUGAAUAAAAUACACAAAAAUCAAGAUGAGAAUACUACAAUAAAUUUCUAGAGGAUUCGAUAAGAAUAAUAAAAAAAGAGCAACCUUGUAACCUCAGUGUGCCUUCUCCAUCACAUGCAAGUUUUGAAACUGAAUACCGAGCCCUAUCUUCACCCAUGACCCCUAUCACCGUUCCCAAACCUCCACACACUCCCAGAGCACUUGAUGUAAAUCCAGUCUGGUGGUCGAACUCACCGGAGGCAAACUUUUACCUGCUACUCCACUGGUUUCAGAAGGUUGCCAUGGACUCCAUCCCAUGUGGCAGUUUUCUUCUUUGUUUUUUUUAUUGUUUUUUGUUGUUGUUUUUUUGUCUCCCUCUCAAUUCCCUCUUUGAAUAUUUUAUUAAUUAGUUCAUUCGUUCAUUCGUUUGCUCAUUCAUUUCGGAAACUUUGUUUUGUGCAUAAUUGUCUCCCCAUUCUUCUGAAUGGAACUUAUAUAUAUAAAUAUAUAUAAAUAUUUUUUGUAUGUUUGUAAGUACUUUCUGUAUAUUUUUCCUGGUAAUGUUUAUUGUUUCUGGCUUCAAAACAUGCAUGUGACCUUUUAAGACGUGAGGUAAAAGAUGUGAGGUAAAUGUAUGGUAAGACGUGAGGUAAAAUUCGCAGAUACUAAAGUAAGGAAUUGGACAUGUAAAUUGGAGAAUAGAUGAGGAGGGCUUGUCUUGUUGCUGGGUGUGAAGAACACCUUAUUGUAAUUUAAGAACCGAAUGAAAAUAAAAUAUGGAAAUAUUACUCUGCGCUAGUAUGUGAGAGUUGAUUACCAUAACAGAUAAUGUGUCAAGAUAAAAAUGACAAACAUUCCUCCUCUUCUUGUGUCCUCUAUUUUGGGUGCAUUUUGAGAUUUUAUUAACUUAAUAAACAACUUUGAUAUUUUUUUCCUUCAAUAGUUCCAUAUUUCUACUCUAUCAAACUAUAUAUGCAGCAGGAGAUGUCACUUUUCAAUGAAACACAAGAAAUCAAUACUUAGGUGCUAUUCUUUCUCCUGUGGUGCUAUUAUAUUUUCAAGUUUGUUGUUAUUUUGUAAGUACAAUACUAUGGUGGUGAUGUUAACUUGUCACCAUGACUACCCUGUCUGUCCCUGACCCUGACCCUCUUAGCCAUCACCUCUGACACAACAUCUUCGCUACAUUCUUAUUUAAGUCCAGGGAUGUUUUAAUGCAUGCCAGUUUGCUUCAUAUUCAUUCAUAGAUCCAUGCAGUAUUUUAUUUUAUGUAUUUCUCUGCUUCCAAGGCCCACUUAGUAAAAACUAACAGCGUCUGAUCAUACUGCAAAUUACUUGGAAUGUGCUAAUAGAAAUAAGAUUGUACUCAGUUGCCGAAUGUGGUGCUAAUUUAUCAAAUUUUCUUAGAUGUCUUUUAAAAAGAAAGAAAACGAUAGAAGCGAUGCUGCAAUGCUUGCAUAUCAUGGUUCCAAGACAUGGUGCAUUUUGUGAAUGGAUCUCAUGAUUGGUGUUAUGUACAAUGGAUAAUCUUUUUCACUUCGUCAAGCUUUUUACUGCUUUUCUUUUUCGGGGUUGGGGGUGAAGGUGACUGGUUUGGAAUGGGUACGGAGUGUCUCCCCAUUUGAGUAUUCCAAAGCACAUGGCCGAGGAACAGUUUGGAGUUUUGGUACCUGAAACCAUUAACUUUCUUACCAAAGGCUUUUUUUUAUAUAGCUUUAAGUUCCUAGAGGGCCAAGAAUCCACUACGUAUUUUGAAAUCCACUAUUUGAAAAUGUGGUAGAAUUGUCUAAUGAUGAUUAAAAUCAGAUGUGUCAUGUACAAGUCAAAAAUAUAUUUUCAAACAUAUAUUUAAAAAAAUAAAAAUGACAAAUUUAGAUAUUUUUUUUAAAGUGAACGAUAUCUAAUAGUCCAUCAGAUUAGCCUGCUUAAAGGUAGAAAAGCCAGAUGCAAAGCUUGUUUUUGUAUUGUUGUUUGGGGUCUUCUGAUGUAACUGUUGUUUUACUUUCUUAAGCGCUAGUUAUACCCUUGUACAAACUAUGCACUCUGCCUGCUUUUGACCACUACAGCAUCUGCCACAGAAAGUUUUACUGUCCUGCAUAAGUAGCUUGUUUUUUGUUAUGUUUUUUGUUUUUACCUUCUAGAUAUGUGACUUGAACCAUUUACGUUAAGAUACACUUAUUGAUCAUCAAUUUUUAAUGUUCAUUUCGAUGAAGCACUCCAAAUUUAACGUGUUUGCUUUCAAUAAAAGGACAAAACAUUUUUGUAAAUUUUCAGAACCAGCAGUAAUGCUGCCAAUAAAGUUUUUUGUUUUGUUUUGUUUUUUGUUUUUUUAUUGUUUUACGUUUGUCUGUUCGUUAGUUUUUAUGGUCAUGUGUGUGUAAGAGAGGAUAGAAGAUAUAUUGGUUUUAUGUCAAUAAAUUCAAGUUUACUGUGGCCACCCACUCUUGUAUGUCUUUUGAAGCAUUAAAACCUAUCUGUAUGCAUGAAAUUGUAAAGUUUUUUUCUCUUGUUUUUAUACUUUACAAUGACAUGAUCUCCAACCCACUUUUUAUUAUUAAAAUAGGUAGAAUGCUACAUUUCAUAAAAUUGAAAACGGUCAUGUCCAUAAUUGUGAAGUGGAGAGAGAAUGGUGAUGUUGUAACUCUCUACCCACAGCCAAUUGUCAUUUGUAGUAUAUUUAUUGUAUUAUUUAAAAAUAAAUGUAAAUUGACACCA